AUGUUUUCUUCCAAGAUCGGGAAAUUCCUUCUGAGCUCUGCCUUGCUCUGGGCGACUACAAGCGCCAGCAAUCUCGGCCUUGAAGACUCAGGCACCGCAGCAGGGUGUACAGGCUCAUCCGGAUGUUGCAUCCCAAGCUGCCUGGUUAAUGUCUCUGACUUCUGGGGUUGCAACGGGAACGUGGCAUUCUCUGGUACUUGCCAGCAGAACUACAACAACCCUUCAGGAACCCAGGACGUUGGCGGCUGCAGUGACGUCCAAGUCACUUUCUUGAAAGAUCCCGAUGGUAACCCUGUCAUCGAUCUUUACCACAAGACGGAUAAGACCUACGACCGCUAUGCGAUCAGCAACUGUCAGACUCCUACAGUUGGAGGAGGGCAGUGCGUCCCUAAGGGAGGCGGCUGUGAUACCAAUAUCAUCCUUACUGGUGCCCAAGGAUAG